AAAACAACAAUAAUAAUUGGAACCACAAAAAUCACCACUACUUUGCACACAUAUUUGAUUCAUAUCUCUUUGCAUUGUCAACACCAAAAUCAUAGAUUACAGCUGAAAUGGCAGCAACAACCUUUCCAACCGUCCUAGGAAUGGCUGGUGCAUCACGUCUCACCUCCGGAUUUGUGAAACCGCAAGUGAUUGCUAGGAAUCCUUUGAAGCAAGCUAUGGCACUUGGAAAUGGUGGGAGAGUCACAUGCUUCCAAAGGGAUUGGUUGAGGAGGGAUUUCAAUGUGAUUGGAUUUGGGUUGAUAGGUUGGUUGGCACCAUCUAGCAUACCAGCUAUAGAUGGUAAAAGUUUGACUGGACUUUUCUUUGAUAGCAUUGGCACUGAACUUGCUCACUUCCCAACUCCUCCUGCUCUUACUUCACCCUUCUGGUUAUGGCUGAUCUGUUGGCACCUUGGACUGUUCAUCUCUCUCACUUUUGGCCAAAUUGGUUUCAAAGGAAGGACUGAAGAUUACUUUCAGAAAUGAAAUCAUAACAACUUUAAUUCAUAAGUUAUUAUUACUAUGAAUUAAACUCAGGUGUACUUCUGAUUUUUAAUUCAUAAUAACUUAUGGUCUGUUAUUAAUUUCUUUUCCCUUUAUAUUACUUUCAGCCUUGUAAUCUACUACCAUGAGUAAAAAAAAAAACCUUGUAGAACACUUGGCACCUUUUCUCUUGUACUAGGAAAAAUUGGUGUAAUAUUGUCUUCAUAAUGAAUGUUGUAAAUUAUUAUUUGUAUUA